GAUCAAGAAAAUUCGGGUUGGAAAUUCGGACCGUCACACUCAGUUGAACAUCAGAUAUAGAGAUGUCGAAAUUGAUCGGGGCAGUAACUGGGCCGCUGCUCCCAUACUGGGAGAUUGUGAGGGAGCAAGUGAAUUCCUCCUGUGAAGGCGUGGAGCCAUGGAAGAUCAUCGUCUGUUCCUGUGGAACCACCCUUCUGGUCCUCACCGUCAGGAACAUUCUCUUCUCCGACGAGGACACCCUAACCAACAGAACAAAAAAAGAAUUUUUUCGCUUGGUGAAAAAAAUUCCAUUUGUCCAGAAGAGGAUCGCAGAGGAAAAGAAAAAGAUAAUGAAGGACAUGGAGCAUGCAAUGAAUGCAGAAGUCGACAAAUACAUCACACACUUACCAACAGAGGGACUUAAAAUGGAGACCCUCAUGGAAGAGUUGAAAAGAUACCAAGAUUUAGCCAAAGUGGACUGGAGCAAUGGGACCAUAUCAGGCACAGUGUACAGUGGGGAUCCUACACUCACUCAUUUAAUGGAAAAGGUGUAUGGAAUGUUUGCGUGGACCAAUCCUCUCCAUGCUGAUGUAUUCCCAGACAUCAGGAAAAUGGAGGCAGAAGUUGUCAGGAUGUGUUGUACCAUGUUUAAUGGCGACAUGGAGUCCUGCGGAACAAUGACUUCUGGUGGCACAGAAAGUAUCCUGAUGGCAAUGUUCACCUACAGAAACAUCGCAAGGGAGAGGGGCAUUAAAAUCCCUGAAAUCAUUGUGCCAAUCACAGCUCAUGCUGCUUUUGAUAAGGCAGCUGCAUACUUCCACAUGAAGAUAACUCACAUUCCUAUUGAUGAAGAAACUAGAAAAGUCAACAUUAAUGCCAUGAGAAGAGCAAUAAACAAAAACACAUGUGUUUUAGUAGGAUCAGCACCACAGUUUCCACAUGGGACCAUUGAUGACAUAGAAUCUAUAACUCAGUUAGGGUUGAAGUAUGGCAUUCCUGUCCAUGUGGAUUGUUGUCUUGGGGGCUUCCUCUACCCGUUCAUGGAGAAGGCAGGAUUUACUGUCCCUGUGGUAGACUUCAGAUUACCUGGGGUCACAAGUAUCUCAGCUGAUACACACAAGUAUGCCGUUGUUGUUUUUCAAUAUGCCUUUGUUGUUUUUGUACAAAAAUACAGAAAUGACUACAGAAAAUUCCAGUUCUUUGUGCAGCCCAACUGGCCUGGUGGUAUCUAUGCCACAGCUGCCAUUGGAGGUAGCCGACCUGGUGCCAUCAUAGCGGUGUGCUGGGCAACCCUUAUGUACUUUGGAGAAAAAGGUUACGUUGAUUCUACAAAGAAGAUCAUCUCCACAGCCAGAUACAUAAAAGCAGGGCUGAAGAAAAUCCCUGGGUUCCACAUAUUUGGGGAUCCUCAGAUGUCAGUGGUGGGGUUUGGACCAGCAGAGGGAUUCAAGUACAACAUCUUCACCUUCUCCGACAUGAUUGCCAAACGAGGCUGGAACCUCAACCCACUUCAGUUUCCCUCAAGUGUACAUCUUUGUGUGACUCUUCUUCACACAAAAGAGGGAGUAGCUGACAAAUUCCUGCAGGAUUGCAAAGAAUGUCUAGAAGAGUUGCUGGCAUCCCCUGAUGCUGAAGCAGGUGGAAUGGCUGCAAUGUAUGGUACAUCCCAGAGUAUCCCUGACCGUUCCAUGGUUGCUGAACUUGCUGGGUGCUUUGUGAGCGCCCUCUACACUACAAAUAAAAGGGAAGAGGCCAACGGAACCGUUCCAACUAACUAGGGUCAUAAAUAGCCUCUAGGUAAAACUCUGUCUCUCCCAGGAAGUUUGUACUGAUGAUAUUAUUGACAGAACAAACUGUACCAAGUAAGCAUUUCAGUGACAAAGUUACUACUUGUUCCUGGUGCUCUUUAUUGUUUUAUCGUUCAAGUAUUUAUUUUAUUGUGUCUCCCUUAGAAAAAAAAAUCAAAGUUAAGACUUUCAUAGAUAACUUAUUUAUAUACAUGUAGAUGCACAAACAAUGCAAUUCUGAAUAUAGAGACUGUCUAUAUACAUGUGCACAUAUUUUCAGCGAUUUAUUUUACUGUGAUAUAUAUACUCUAUAGUACUGUCAACAUGGUCAUAUUUCUGAGUUGAAAUAUCUAACACUUCUUCAUUUUACUAAUUCAAUGAGUGUAAACUUUUGUUUUUUACUUGGAUGUAUUGAUAUUAUGCCCCCCCUUCGAAGAAGAGAGGGCAUACAUGUAUUGCUUUGCUGCUGUCUGUCAGUCCAUUUAGUUUCCGUUCAUUUUCUUCACAACCGUUGCACCUACUGAAAUGAAAUUUGGUAUACAGAUUUAUUAGAUGAAUAUCUAGGUCAAAUCCUGUUUUGGGUACAAUUGCACC